CAGAAACUGUAAACAGACUUGAACCUUGAUCAGUGCUGCCGUAAAGUUGUUGUCUCGGUUCCAGCCGUUGGUGCGCCGUGGAACAGAGCUUUUUUUUCUUUGCGGAAUAAAUAAGAUAAUUUUUAAGUCAAUAAAGUAAUUUCAAUUAAUAUUGGGAGUCGAGUCGUUAGUUUGUUUAGUAUCUGGCCGUGUAAUAAGUGGGUCAUGUGUCAUACUGCAUAUAACUUUUCCUCCCCACAGUCCCAGAAAGACCCGCCGCCUCUGGCUCCGCCUCCAUCACUGCCAUGACUCCGCCCCUCCGCAACGUCACCGGUGUAACCUCGGUAACGCGUUUAGUCCCGCCCCCCUACGACCCGGUGAAUGUGAGGAACUUGCAGCAUGACGGAAACAAAGAAGAAGAAUAUCAGUGGUUAUCACAGUGUCACACCAGGCCUCCUCUGGGUUCCUCCAUGUCUCUCGAACCCGACGACUUCCUUCCCCCUUCCUCCUCCUCCUCCUCUUCCUCCUCUCCCUCCCUGCUUGCUAACGGCCUCCCCCCUUCCUCCUCCUCUCCCUCUUCCUCUUCCUCUUCCUCCCCCUUCGUGAGCUCUGAGCUCCAGAGACGAAAGCUUCGCUGUCACCCGUCUCCUCACCCGAGGAAACACUCUCUGGAUCUCCUCCUGCGACCCGUGGAUAUCCUCCCCCUCUGUGACUCCCUCUUUCUCCCCCAAACUCUCUCCUAUAGUGGGUAUCAGAUUCCUCGUCUCCCCUCUUUUUCCUCCCCUAACGUUGACUCUUUGACCCCGACUCCCCCUCCACGACCCCCAAAACCUCAGAGCGCCACGGCCCAGGAAGAGAGCUCAUCUUGGGGGAGAGGGAGAGCAACACUACCCAGAGAGAGGGGGAGGAGGGAGGAAGGAGGAGAGGAGGAAGGGAGGGAGGGAGGAGGAGAGGAGACGAGGAGCAACACCAUCACUGAUCACACAGACCUGAUCUCUGGGUCUCUGUCGGACAGAGCGAGCAUGUUCGAGUUCAGCGAGAGCUUCAACAGCUACUUCAUGAAUAAAGGCCUGGUGCCUCUCGGCUCUGAAGACGAGGAUGUGGAUGAGAAUUAUGUUCCAAUGAGCGCCGCCCCCACUGAGCCUCCUGUAGCACCGAG